UUUGAAGUUUGAAAUAGUUGGAAUCGUUAGCACUAUGGCGGCGUUAUCGGUUGCCUCGACCACAACGACUAUGGCAGCGGGAAAAAAGAAGCUGGGGAUCCGGCGGAGAAGUGUGGCGACGACGUCUCCGAUUUGGAGCGGUUCGGAGACGAGGCCCACCAUAAGCACGGUGACCCCAGCAGAAACGCUGCCUCCACCGACGACGACGGCUGCAACAUUGCCACAAGAGGAACAGUUGAUGGGAAAAGGUACAUGUGUCAUAGAUGUGACGAUGCCUCCGUGGUGUAUAUCACCCGUAUCACCUCUGCCCGAAACCCCCAUGAUACUUUCGCAGGAGAUGGAGCGUUUAGAAGGCGGCAUGAUAAGUGCCCAUCACGUGCGAGAAAAGAUGGUGGCACUGACGUCAGCUUGGGAGAGGAAGCGCGAUGCCCGCGGUAACGUGAGCACAGAGCUCGCCCAAGUGCGAAAAUGCAGGACCAUUCUUGAAGACGAGGUCGCUCGUCUUCAAGGAGAAAUCCUGGAGCUAGUGGAAGAAGAUAGGUUGCGUCUCGAAGAAGACGUCCUAGGGCAUGAGGUGGAAACGAAGCGCCCGUGUGGAUGUGCAGAAGCUGGCGCAGCAGUUGGCGCAUGUACCUAAGGACCCGGGGAAAUAAAGGGAAUAAAAGGUGUGUGUAAAUAGUUAAGUGUAAUGUUAGUUAGAACGUAGGUAUGUAUGGGAAUUGUAAUUUGUGUGUGCAGUAAUAAGUAAAAAAGAAAAACGCAUUACAGUAAAACGUAAGGAGAGCACAUUAGCUGUAAACGAUGAAAUGUGAAUAUACCUGCUUUUUUACGGUAUGAGAGGGAUGAAAAAUAGGGUUGAAAAUGGGGUGAGAAAAAAAUCCGCUGAAAACAUUAGGGAUGUGUUACGGGGGGGGGGUUGGGCAGAGGUGGGUGGAGGAGGUCAAGGGCGUUGUUCCGGUUCAUCAGUUACAUGAGUUAACGAUACUAGAAUUGUUAAUGUUGUAAUAAAUAACGUGCCUUAUCGACCAUAGACGGUUGGCACUCCUACGCCAUCCGUCCAGUUUUGCAUAAUUGACAAAACUACAGUUUUCAUUAUUUUAAUUUUAAUUAUUAAAAUUCAGUUACAAAAGUCUUUCCUACGCGGACGGGCCGAUAUCUUAUUGGGUUUAUACUUAACGCACAUGGUGUAUUAGUAUUACCUUAAGAGGUAACUCCUAUCUCUACGACCACUUUAAUCCAAAGGCGUGUACUUCAAAUUUAAUAAUAAGUUUGCAAAAAUAAAUAAAAGUUUAAGAAUCGCUUUAAAUUGUUUUUUUUUUUUUAAAGAAAGGGAUAGCAUCGGCCAAAUAACUCAUGUAUAGUGUACAAAACUUUUUAGUAUUUAGAAAAUUUAGACCGUUCCUGCUGUGCCUUUGUGCCUUUGAUAGACAGGCAGUUUUCUUAAUUUAUGACAUAGCUUUAUGACAGUUGCCUCUCGAUAUUCGGGGCACACUGCAACGAAUCAGAUUAGUUUAGGAUUGUAUUUUUGUCUCCAGAACCGACCUUUUUCCUUUAUUUAGAAUUUCAUAACGCCUACCACUUUCCAAUUCCUAGUCUCAACCAAUAGUGGUAACCACCCCACUUACCCCUUGUAUAUAGUUUAGCUUUAAAUACUUAGAC